GUAACCACAGAGAUAAUGAGUUCAGCCAAUCCCCAGACAGGACUGUGUGGAAUGUUUUCCUGUACUCUCUACGAAUUUCCUUCCACGACAGACGCUCUCUCCCACAUUUUUAGAGCACAACUCUCAGUUCCUCGUCAGGAAUACUUCUAUGGAAUUCUGUGUAAAAAGAAGCCAUCAUCUGUGAAUCAGUCAUCCAUGGAAUGUAGGGCCUCAUCCCUGCCCCAUGUUUGCAGGGACUUUGAGCUCAAUUUGGCUGUGGUGUUGAUGGUCUUGGCUGGGAUUUUGAUCUUGGCAUUGCUGUACUGGGUGCUCCUGCUGCGCCACAGGCUCCGCGUUGCUCAGGCCGGGAAUGCUCUGGAAUACUUUGGUUUCUACCACAUGGCUCAGUAUGAUCUAAAAGAGCCCAACCUGCCUGUAGUGACCCCUUCUCUUCCCUCCCCACCUCCACCUGUUCCCCAGCCUCCAGUUCAUGUCACUCCACCUCCACCGCACAUGUUGUAUGCAUCUGCCCCCAUCAUUCACACCACCCCACCCAGCCCUCACCCGUCAUGUGGAGCUAGCUCGGACGCAGAGGUGUAUUCACGGAUCGGAGUUCUGCGACCCUCAAGACUCUCCAGCGUGAGUCAGACCCAGGUGAUCCUGUUUGAACACUCUGCUCUUUGAUGGACUGAUGCUUUCAAGUCCAUGCACAGCUGGUUUCAUCUUAGCUGUGGUUAUUGUGGGCUGUUUUGUCUUAUUUAAAGAGUUAGGGGUAGAUAAGAUAAUCACCAUCUUUGUAAGUACAUUCAUGUUUGAAUUUACAUUGGGCCCCCUUUUUUUAUUAGAUGUGUUACAUUUAAAAGCUUUCAAAUGUGUCUCCUAUGUUAGGAAAAGUAACAGGAAAAGGGGUUUGUUUGUUCCUGAAUUUGCCUUUGUAAUUUCCUUUAAAGGGUGGGAUUUCCUGAGGAGACUUUCCAUUGCUUUGUUCCUCUCUGUCUCUUAGGAUUUUAAUGUUCGAUGUUCUUUCACUCUCACUGUCUUAGCAAAUGUACAUCAAGUAAAUAUGUGUUAUAAAGUAAAUAAAAUAAAUAUAAAUACCAUUCAAAAGUU